AUGUCUUCCCAACAAAGUGAUGUGGUCAGUCUAUGGAAACCGUCAAUAGCAAGACACGAGUUUCGAACGAAUCCUGCUUUAAAGGGAGUAACGACCGCAGGAUUUUGCAUGGGAUAUCUUCAGACGACUGUGGUCAUUUUACCAUCUGCUUUAGCAAAUGAUUUCGAGCAGUUUUGUGAGUUCAAUAGCGUAGCUUGUCCUUUACUUUAUAGAAGUGAACGUGGUGAGGUCUCAGCUGGACCCCUGGCUCCUGCCUCUGAUAUAAGGUACAAAACAAAAUGGAAUUUAUAAAGUUUAACUCAAGCUUAUAUAAAUUGCAACAGCAUCAAGAACUUCAAAAACGAUAUUGGUUAAUGCACAAAAGGCGAAUUGUUCUUUUAAGUUUAUCUAUACAUGCAAAUUGAGCGAGUUGGAGUGAUGGAAGAUCCAUUGUUCUUUUAUUUCAUUUUCACAAAAGAACAAAAGGCCCCGAGUCAGUGUUUUAAUACUUUUAAAAUACACUCGGCGGAAUUGCAAUGAAGUUUUAUAUUUGUAAUACUGUCAAACUCAGAAAACCGUGAGCACAUAAAUUAGUAUAUGUAGUCGGACUACAUGCUGUCCAAUUUGGAAAUAAUUGGAUGAAAGAAAUUCCAAGGACAGCCAAAAUUGGAUGAGGCCGUAAGAAGAGUCCAAUUUCGCUGUUAGAUAAAUUUUUUUUACCCAAUUAUUUUCAAAUUUGACAAGGACGUAGUCCUCGUACUUAUUAAUUAUAUAGCUGGUCGGCUGAUCCACUUGUUAGAGUGUCACAGAAAUAAUAUUACACAAUCGAACCGUUUGUUGAAACAAAUAUACUGCAAGAUUUCAAAAAAAGGUUCAUUCUUAUAGCGCCAACUAACCCUUUACGAUCCUUUACUUAAUGCGCAGACCUAGUACUUAAUUAAGGCGCUGAAGGUAAAAAGGCCACGGAAAACCGCCAUUUCGAGUACAACUGAAGACAAAAACAAUGCAAAUACUUACUUUCAACACCAAAACUAUUAAAAAUAAACAUUUCAGUCAUUUCCUCCAACUAUUUCAGCAGACUUUGUCCGCAACUGAACAUAAUUGUUUGAAUGCCAACAUCUGAACACAAUUUAAAUCACAGUGUUUUCUUGUUCUUGUCCAAAGUUUCAGUACUUGCACAUUUUCCAGAGCCGUUGCCGCGAAUGCGGGAUAUUCUCUUACGCAAACUUUCAUCCGUUUGGUCAUACAUUUUCCUUCCAAAACAAAACGGUAGCAUUUGCGUUCAGUAACUAAAAAGCUGAGAGCGUUUGCCGACAAAUUUUAGCUAAUUGUCACAGAGCUUAUUGGCUACCGUGAGGCACGAAAGUUUUGCAGGAGCUUAUUUUUGGGGAUUAACGAUUUUUUUUGUUUUGCGGGAACUAAUUUUUUUGCAGUUAGAAAUGACCGGUUUUUCUUGAUGGGAAUUAUUUUUUGCGAUUUUCAGAAACUACUCAGUUACCAGCAUAUAAGGCAGUUAAUACUUUUUAAUGGUUUUUAUUGAGUACGUGCAAUAGAAAUACAUGGUUUUGAACAAUACUACGUUGAGCAUAUCAGGAGAGAAAGAGCUAGGUGCAUACCUAUACUAUGUAAGGGACUGACCAUUAUUUUGCUGGAGGGGGGAUGAGGAAUUUUCUUCUGCAAACAUGCAUCUCUGCAAUCAUUUUUUUUUUCCAAAGUCACCUGCUUGAAAACAUUUUUUCUCCGGUGUUUUUUUCUUUAGUGUUAUCGGUUAUUAUAAGCUUAUUAACAUAUUUUUUCGAGAAACAAUCGAUAGUGCUAUAGCCACUUAUUUUCUCCAUAUAUGCUCAGGCGCGGAGGGAGUUAGUUCCUGGGUUUCUGAGUCAUUCAGACGGGAUAUUGGCCAAUUCUGUUCUCCUCGGAAUGAAAGCCUUGCAAAUCGGCGGAUUAGUUCUUCUCUCGAUUUCAACUUGGAGAGUUUUUCUUAUAUUAAAACUUAUUUAUUGUGAAAACUCUGACCGAUUUCUUUAUAACGGUGGGAACCGGUGACGAUCCGCGCCUGAAUUUAUAGUUUGUGCUUUGUUUAUUCGUCUUCUUUGACAGUUGCUGGUGCAAAUAAACCGCAUAGGACAAUGAAUAGGCAAAGGGAGUUGCAGGUUUUUUAAAUAUUUUUGACUAAACUAGUAAGCAGCAUUCUGCGAACUGUAAAACUUGUCUAUUCUCCUACGUGUUUCCUCUAACCAACGUAGACGCCUGUCUUCAGGGAGUUGACAAAAUUAUAGAAAAUUUUUUUAAAAAUUAAAAAAACAAAUCACAUGUGAUUUCUCUGCAGUACAACAAAAAAGUUGCAGAUGUCAACAAACAUGUAAUGAAUGUCAAGGCAUAACUGCUUUAAUCGUUUUCUGUCAUUUUUUUAGAUUUUAGAGAAUUAUUGGAUGAUGACCACAGAAUAUGUUACACGCAUACACUUGUAGGGCUUUCUCAGCUAUUUUUAGAGUUUGUUCAUGUGAUUUGCUUCUGAAAAGUGUGAAUAGUGGCGAUGAGUAUAGCCGAGUUUGAAGGAUUUGUUUAAUACAGUUUUGAGAAAACUCUUGGACGUUUUGUAUGGCAAAAUGUUAACAAAUAAUGUUGAGAUUUAAUAGCCACAAUAGACACAAUAAAUUCCCGUUUACUCAUAAAAGAAUUAGCUAUAUUCUAAUCUAUUAUUUGUUUCAAUGUUAUAAAAUGACCAUGUUGAAGUACCCAGUCAAUACAUUUUUGUCCUUGUUUCAAUUUACUACUUUCAGUUUUUUGUUAAAUUUUUAAUAUUUUAUCUGACUUCUGUGCAAACAUUUUGUUUACGCGUAUCGUGUUUGCAAAACAAUUUAUUUUGUCUUUUCAGGCCCUACAAACAAUUUUUUUUCCGUAUUUCUCAUCCCCCCUUCCCCCCAACCAGAAAAAUAAUAGUCCGUCCCUCACUGUCCCUAAAACCAGUAUUUCAAUGCUUUGUUUCUGAAUGAAAGAGGCACUUCGAAUUGAACAGACACGAUUUCUUAGUAUUGUGUUUUUGUGUACCGGAUUUAAGUUAGAGUAUUUACUCCACGGCGCCCUUUAUUGCUUGAAGAUUGUAAUAAACAAUUCCAAUGCUUACAACAUGUGCAGCUUUAUUUUCUCUUUGUCAAUAGAAUGAACCUAUAAAGUGUCUAUGAAAUCAGCUUGGAACGGAAUCGAGAAAGUGUUUCAAUUUUAAAGUGUAGUUGUUGUUCAUUCACAAUUGCCAGUCCUUCUCUAAACAAUCUUUUUAACAGGGAAAAGCUAAUCUCAUUCUUUCCGGUUUUACAAGAACACUAUAUGCUAUAAGUAGCCUCUGUCUGAAAAUAUCGAAGAAACGACUUUUGCUCUCUAGCUUGUGGGUAUUUCAGUCAAAAAAAGCGAGUAACCUGGUUACGCGAUGCAGUUAUCAACAAUUUCCUUCCAGAUGUUUCAAGAAUUCUCGGUUAUCUUAUAAUUAGCCUUAAACUGAUUAGUCCCAGGAUACCUUGAAAACACUUGAUAAUAUACCACCCCCUUAAAUCUAACCGAAUUCUAUUUAAGCGGUAAUUUUUGUACACGUUUAACCUUGAUAAUUGCUACAACCUCUUAACAUUUUCCUUUGUCGGCUUGAAAGUAAUUUGUUUAAUUGCCUUUCUGGGCCAAAAAAUGGAGCGUUUUUGGCCAAGAUCCAUGUUUAAAAAUUCCAUGGGAAUGAAUUCAACUCUUGUCCUAUUUUGAUUACAACUGUGUUUGUUUUAGGACUGUGUGAAUGAAUUUGGAGUAAUUACUGAAACACCUGGAGAUCUCACAGCACACACUUGGAAUGACUUAGUUUCUUUCUAUGUGGGCUGCAGUUUUGGUUUUGAGGGAAAGCUAGUACAAGCUGGAAUUCCCCUGAAGAAUAUAACCGAAAAACACGGUGAUGGUGCCUCCAUGUUUGAGACCAACCUUCACUGCAUAUCUGUUGGACCAUUUGCCUCUCCUUUAAUUGUUUCCAUGCGUGCAAUUCCCAAAGAUCUGGUGGAAAAAACUCUUAUCAUCACUGCUGCCUUUGAAGGCUUGCAUGGAGCACCAAUACACAUUGGAGAUCCAGCAGUCAUUGGAAUAGAUGAUCUUUACAACACAGAGUUUGGUGAACCUUCAGACAUUGGAGAUCUUAUACCCAUGUUUUGGGCCUGUGGCAGAUCAGGGUCCAUAGCAUUAAGAGCAGCAAGUAUGUUUUUAAUGUAACAAACUUUACACACUACAAAGUUGGUGUUGGUAUUUGUCAAGUAGCUCUUAAUGACUAUUUCAGUCGUAGUGCAUCUCCAGCGUAGUUCAUCAUUCUGGAUUGAUAUUGCAAUUCGGAAAUAUUGAUUUUAGAGGAGGGGGUAAAGCGGAGUACCCGGAGAAAAAGCCUUUCAAGCUGAACAUUGGCGAGAAUCAACAACAGGCUCGACCCCAAUGGGCGAAUCUUUGCUGAGGUCAUUGUUUACUUUUUUCCUCAUUAGCAUACGACUUAACUCAUAGAAGCAGUGCAUGCCCUAUAUAUGAACUCAAUGCAAAAGUUGAAAGAGCUCAUUAAGUUGAGCAAUUUGCGCAAUUUUCAGCUCUUUGCAAGCAAUAUUGAAGGAAAUAUCAGCCAUCAAAAACUGCAAAAUUGCUAUGAGGCAAAAAAGUUAUUGGGCCAGUGCAUUAUCUGUAAAAUUUCGAGUUUUCAGAACAGAAUUUCUCCGAAACCAUCAGGUGUAUUGGGGUCAAAAAUUCAGAGAUAACUGAAACUAUUAUGCCCUUUCAAUAAAUAGAGUUUUUAUUUUAUUAGCGUCAUCAGAUAGUGAUAAGCAUAUGUUAAUGAGGCAAAAAGUGUAAACAAAGAUUCACCUAUAGGGCAUCGCCUUCGGGAUUCAAACCCGGGCCACACUGGCCAGAGGCGAGUACUCCCACCAAUGCGCUGGCAGUUAUCCUUCUAAUACUUUCUCUCAAGUUCUUAAUACGGUAAGACUAACUGAAGUUGCGAAAAGGCUCAUCAAAUUAUUAUAUCAGGAACCCGGUAGCAAAAAUGGUUGAAGAGAUAAAGGUUGAAAAUAUUGUGAGCUGCGAAGACACGUAUAUGAGCAUUUAAGUGAAGUUACGUCCUUUCUGGUGUACUAAGAGAAAUAUGGGUAUAGAUAGUUUACACUGUAUGAAUAAUAAUGAUAAUCGUGAUAAUAAUAAUGAUGAUGAUGAUGAUGAUGAUGAAUCAUCUGCGUUGGUAAGUAUUUUAGCACCAUGUAUUUUCAUACCCUAAAAUGACACAAGAUGCUAAUAUGUAAAUUGUAUUUCAGUUAGUUUUUUUGUAACCAUGCCCUGCAUGACAUUCUUAAGUUUGUUGCUGACUAACUAAAUUGGUAGCGCACCUGUAACUUUUGAUAAAAAUCUUUCUCCUUUUUUCUUUUAAAAAUCAGAACUCCCACUUUGCUUCUGCCAUUUUCCUGGUUCAGUGUUUAUCUGCGAUACGACUGUGGAUGAAUACUUCAAAAUCCAUAGACCAGAACAUGGCGAUGAACAACCAAGGCUCGUCACUCUGACAGAUCAACCUUACCUUGCUUCUGUCUGUUCUGUCAGUGUAGCAACAAAAGUAGAACAGCUGGCUGAAAUUUCUUCAGCCAGCAACAGUGUCGAUGGAAAGGUAGAUGCACAGUCCACAACGGAUUUCCUGAAGAUAUCACUGAGACUGUCCCAUGCUCCAAUUGUUGUUAUCGGCUUUUUAAAUGAGAAAGAAAGCUUUUUAUCGGAGACAAGUACAUCAGAAUGCAUCCAGGCAAUGAUCGCUCUUAUCAAAGCUCUUGAAGCACUGAAUAAGAAGAUAACUAUUGUAACUGAACACAAUGCAAAGCUUUUUGAAGAUAGUAUAGAAGACAACGUUGCCCAGGGUCAUUUAAUCUCGAAGGAUGGUGUUCGUGUUGUUGAAUGUGCUCACGACGAGAAGAUGAAUGCUUUGCUACACAAGCUGUAUCAAGGUAAAAUCAUUCCGAGGCUUGAUACGAUGAUAGGCUUGGAGGCUAAAAAAUCACUUCAACCUGAAACGAAGAGUGACAUCAAAAGUGGUUUGGUGGACACGUUAUUUGAAGAAGGUUUGUUGGAAGGGUUUUUUAAAAAAAAACAAUACGUUUGCAAAACACGGUAAUGUUGGGUUCACAUGGGGGAAAAUAAAUGAAUUCUUUUCAGUCAUUAAAGUAUUUAGAAUGUUCGACUAUUAUAUAAGUUAGCUUUUAAAAGGUGAAUAUGUCAUUUAUUGCUGUCUAAGGGACAUGGCGCAAAUUUUUGUCAAGUUCCACUAAAUCAAAUGAUUUAAUAAACUGAUUUUGUAGCGAUCAUUAACCAGCAGCUGGAUGGUACCUCCAUUUUACUAGACCCAUUCCUAACACUGUGAUGACCUUAUUUUCGUUCUAUGUACGUGGUUUAGAAGCCUGUAUUCUCUGUUUACAGCUGAAAAACACAAUGGAAUUGUGUCCAUUAAGAUCAUUGCUGACAAAACUAAGACCACAGCAGAUGAAGCUGAGUCAGUGGACAGCCACACAUUGAUCACCAGCUCAUUGAAGGUUGCUGGGUGUGGCCUUGCUGCAGCGCUCUGUGUUCUUAACAUGUGUCCAAUUCAUUCCCGUUAUAUGAGGCGUGGUAUAGGGAAGAGCCCAAUCUUUCAAGCUCAUCAGUUUAUCCUGAACACAUUAGAGGUGAGGGUUGUUUUAUGAGCCUAGUCGUCCAUGAGGGUCUCUUUCUACCCUUGUUUCUAUUGUAAAGUAACAAAAGUAACCACCCUUGCCAAUCAAUUUACGCGCUCGCAAUCAAAUAACUCAGUGAGAUCUCAAGAAAAAUUCCUGUACCAAACAUUUAUGGUGAAAUUGCUAGCAAGGGCUUCAAUGCUUUUUUCUUUCGAAGAAGUGGGAAAAUAACCAAUCACAAAGCAUGGGAACGGUCGCUGUCAUUGGAUUAUUCUUGCGCUUCUGCUUCGGACACCUACAAUCUAGUUUUGAAUGGAUCGUAUAAGUGACGAAAUUGUAACACAGACAGACCACUCUCGUUACGCGCGGCCCUUUUUUCUUUUUCGGUUAUUAAGGAGCUUAAGCAAUGACGGCGACGAAGGUGGCAAAAACGUCUCUUAAAAAUGUGAAUUCGCGCUCUUUCAAAAUUCAUCGCUCUUCUUCCAUGGCGCUUAAUUUGUCAAAUGUUAGUGAAGUUUUCUGGAGUUGAAUUCUAAAGGGCUUUAGGCCACUUUCCAUUUGUCAAAAUUGGCCGGCCAGAACAUUCCCUUCACAACGAAAAUUUCUCUUUUAUCCUAAACAUUAUACACGAAGGAAAUGGUUUUUCAGAAAAAAACUCUUGGGAAAAGCCGAUUUCGUUUGCUAAGUGACUGGUCAGGCAAUGGUCCAACCGGCCAGUUUUGACAAAUGGAAAGCGCCCUAAGUUUAAAAAAAGAAUUCGAAAAUAGCUGACUUGAGUUCACGCAAGUUCAACAAAAAGUGAAAUUAGGCAGUUUCACGUCUUGGUCGUCAAAUAAUUUAGUGUACUAAAAAUCGUAAUGCACCUGCGAAGUUGUUGUUUUACUAAUGUGAUCCUAAUGAUUUUUUUUUUGCCGUUCUCGUUGCCGUCGUCGUCGCUUAAUAAAGCUCCCUGGAGACCCUUCUACGAUUUUUCAAUUUUUGACGUGGACUUUUUGGAGAAAAGCCGCCGGCACCACUGGAAAGAACGUCUUAAACUGGGGAAAGUAGUAAAAUUGCUUGAAGGUGGAAAGGUCUAUUGAAACUGAGCGCAUCGAACCUUAUGUAUAACAGAAAUACAGUUCCAGAUUCCUCUAUCAUACAGUUUUGAGUGCAGAUUUUUUUUUAAAAAUAGUUCAAGAGUCAAGUUUCAUGUUUUAGCCGAUGGUCAAAUAAUUAUGUCUCUGCAAAAACACGCUUUAUUACGUCAGUUCGUAAUUGGGACGCCUGGCGAAAAAUAGAACCGUUUCCGGUAAAACAAAACAAACGUUUCGGAUCCACGCUUUAAGCUGGAAUAGCUAAGGAUAUUCAAGUCAACCUAAAACAUCUUUCUCAUUUCUUUCAACACUAAAGAGAUGUUUUCGGAACGUGCCGGUGGUAUUGAGUUCCACAGGGCUCAGCGUAGGGUCCUUUAUUGUUUUUAUUAUUUUUUUAUAUGUCAGAAUGAUCCACUGAGUGUGCUUGAUUUUCGACCCUUUGUAGUCGACACCAACAUUCUUAAACUAUAUAUAUAUUUUUUGUUAUUUCAGGGUGAAUUGAGAAGUCAGAUUUCCCAAGUCACUGGAGAAAAUUAAAAACUAUUUUUAAAAUUUGUUAGCUGUGUGUAGAAUAGCCGUAGCCCUGUCCAAGCAGACGCAACAUUGUUGGCAUACAACUCCAGACACUGUUGGAUUUUGCAUGUUGCGUCCGUUUGCACACCCUGUUGCAUGUUGUUGAGUGCUGAUAGGAGUUGCUGCCCAAAAUUUGAAACUGGUCAAGAUUUUGAGCCAACAACUCCCAACAUUUCUUUUGCUCCGCGAUCGCUCAAGUGUAGCGCAACAAAGUUUGCUCUGUUUGCACAGGUCUUCCAUGGUUCGGGCCACGCACGCGCAUUACGGACAUAACGUAUGGUCUCCUUGGUGUUUACAAAGUCUUAUGGGUUGUAUCCUUUCCAAGAUGCACUGAAGGUUCUAACAUCGUUGGAUGUUGUCGUAUGCGUUUGCACGCCACUGCACGAACGCAACAAGUCCGAAUAAUAUUGGCUUAGCAAUGUUCGGAGUUUUUGCAUCUGUUUGCACGUAGCUUACUACAUAGCUACGAUUACUCAGUAAUAAUACAAAACGUUAAGUGUUUGCCGGUAGUGGGGUCAGAAUAGAAGAUAAAUUUCUGAAUACUAGAAAAGUUUUUUAAGUUUGCUUAUUGACAGUUGUUCUGGUAUUGUCAGCUACUAUGAAAUUGAAGCCAUUAACAAAAGUUAAAUCGCUGCUACAAGGUCACUGAAUGCUCAGCUCUUCUUCGUGUGUCAUGCAACAUACAAAGCAUUCUAUGAAAAAAUUCCACCUAUUGAGAUUACUUCUGAUCAUGACCAUUUCACUGACAUGCACUAUCGUUCACCUUAUUAAUUAACGUACUUACGGCUGGUCAAAAUCAGGUCAAACGUGGGUCAAAGUAAUUGACCUACGUUGAGCUUUUUAUUGUUGUAUUGAAUCGCCGGUAUACGUAUUUUAUUUCAUUGUAAACACAACUUAAUACAUUCAUAUAUUCAAAGCCUGAAUCCAACAUUAAAAAUGUUAAAAUUCAAAUACCUUCAAAUACGGCACAAUCUUUCCACGGAAAUCCACUAACUCCGCGUCCCCGAUGAUAGCUCGCCACGCCAGAAAUCUCACAUGAAAUCGAGGGUGCAGUUCAAAUUCCCCACCCCUAACGCAUGGGGAUCAAAUUCCCCACCCCCUGGAAGACUCUGAUAAUCAAAUUCCCUCGGGAGGUGGAUGUUGAAGCUUUGAUUUGACAGAUACAUUACAUUUGUAAACAGACUGAUUUGUAAACAAAGUACGUACUGAACAAAACUUUCGUUUACAAUUUUUAUUACAUUUAUUUCUCCAAAACCAUCCCACGUAAAAAUAUAUAUCUAUGUUUAGCAGCCUUAUACAUAAACACAGCUGUGUCUUUUAAGUCAAACAUAACAAACAUUUGUUAUUGCUGGCCUCCUAUUUUAGAUCCUAUUUAUUCGAAAAGAUAUCUAUAUUUCGGAUCUCCUCACAAUAUUAGUAUGCCAUCUGUUACAAUGGCAGGAAAAUUAAUUCUUUUACCAGUAAGGGACAAUUUUUCAAGUCAGGGAAUUUCGGUACAAGUCAAGGAAAAUUGGACGCUUUCAAAGAAGUCAGUGGGAGAUGACAUAUUUCUGCAUAUUCCCUGAAGUUAAUCAUAUUCCAUCAGUAGGAUAUUGUUUCCAGAAAUUAAACGACAAACAGAUAUAGGGUUUCCUAUAAGAUCAAUCCAUUCUGUGCUUUACAUUCACGAUAAAUUCAUGUAAUAAAUGGGGGCGAGGAUGGUUGUGAUGGGAGUUUGGGCAUUUAUUUGUGUAUCGGGCACAGAUGACGUAACUGAACAAAAGAACAACAGCCUUGAAACAAUACCAAGCAGAUUUUCCCUGAACAGAAAACAAAGAGGUCUUUUGCUCAGCUGUUUUGCUUUACGGAAUCUGUGUCCAGUACACGAAGCUUUGAGUGGAAUUUGGAAUCCAUCAAUAUCUGGACAAAUUGUCAAUUCAUUCGAUCAGGGAAAGUAUACAUUUGACUGUCAGUCUUGGAAUUUCGAAAACCAUGUCUCAACAAGCUCAUGCAUGUUGAGAAUUGUGAAACUGAUCAACUUCAACAUGACUUGUAUGUGGACAUUUCAUACAAAUUCACUUUUGCAUGGGUAUUUGUUUCUCAUGCAUGUACACAAAUAAAUUUGAACGCUUUAAAUAAUAAUUCAGUGCUAAUGAGGGUACCGCAUAUUCAAUAAUCAUCAUAAUCACAAUUCUCCUCAACUGCAUCCUUAAUGACAUUGCUACAUGUAAUUUCUAUGUCAGUGUAAGUGAUUACGUUUGCACCUUACUGUUAAAAACAAUUCGUUGUCAAGUGUGAUUAUCAUACAUGCCAACUCUCCCAGAUACGACAACAAUCUCUUCCCGUACGGGUCACCAAAUCUCCCGGAUAAAGUUGAGGUAUGAGCUUUUCUGUGCUUUGAUUUGGAAUUUAUCUCAUUUUGUCCCAAAAUUCGAAUUUCCUUUGAUUCAAAGUUCGGCAUCUGAGGCAUUUUCGCACGUAUUUCAUCACUGACAAAGAUUAUUUCCCCACUACAAUCAUAAUUAAAUUGUGAUGAAAAAAAAAGGUUGAGUUUGAUCGUCCGGGUGAACGUAGUCCUGAAUAGGACUGUUGUUGUUGACAGUGACUGACGUUUCGACGACCUGUGCGGUAGUCAUCUUCAGAGUCAAAGUGAGUUGUAUCACGUCAGUUGAUGGUAUUAUACUCUGGUUAUUGAUCUGAUUGGUCAAUUAUGUCGCGAUGUUAUUGGUCGUCUGUCAGUUAAGAUGUGAUGUUAUUGGCUAUGAAGACUCGUAAUCAGUGAUUGGUGCGUUUCGAUCCGUCUAUUGUCGCAGUUAAACAGUCGUCUAUUGUUAGUCAAAUUGUUAGUUCUUCACUUGUUCUCUGAAGAGAACAACUGGAGAUUGCAAAAGAAAGAGUCUCCAGUUUUUAGAGCUCCAGAGGUUGGCAUCUCUGAAUUAUGUACUACAACAAUAGUGCAAACACUCUCAUUGCUGUAGUUCACCUAACAAUAAAUAUUUUUCGUCAAUUACCAGCAUUUACUUGUUAUUUUCACCGCACUAUUAAUGACACACUUCACAAGUAAUCAUUAUUACACUUAUUAUUAAAGAUGGCAUGGGUUAGCUGCAUAUUUACCUCUCUUUCGAGCAGUUAUUCACUAUCACACCCAUUUUCUUUUGACUAUUUAUUACACACGUAGGAGGGUCAAAUGGGGUGAACACGGGACCUAUGAAGUAUUUGCUACCCUUCCUUAACAACACCAACCCCAUUUAAAUCCCAGAAAAUCCUUUUUCAUGACAGAGCAAUGGGUUCAAAUAACCAAAAGGAGAUUAAGUACGUCUCACAUUCCAAUAUUAGAGCCAGUGUGGAAACCCGCCCUCCCAAGCUACACAAUUUACUCUGAUUCUCUCCCCCGCACCCUUCCAUCCCUGACAAUUUAUGGACCUCCCCCUUCGCGAUCCGAAAACACUCCUUGCGUGAGGUUGAGUGUGAAAUUUAUGUUCACUGAAUUUACACAGACAUGAAGAAUUCGAAGAAAAGGUCUCGAAAUAUAUAGUGCAAAGGGUGUCUACAAAACAAAGACCUAAGACCUAAGACCUAAGACCUAAGACGUAAGACCUAAGACCCAAAAACGAAGACCCCAAAACGAAGACUAGUUUUUUUUACAGGCCUAUCAAACCAGAGCCAGUCAAGCCGGGUCAACGCUUUUCCUCAGACACCAACUGACGCGAAAUGAAUGGGGUCUUCGUUUUGUAGAUUAAGCCGGGUCAAACUACUAAACGAAGACCCUCGCGUAAAUACCUUGUUCGUUGUCAACUGAAGCGAAAUGAAUGAGGUCUUCGUUUUGUAGAUUAAACCGGGUCAAACUACAAAACGAAGACCCUCGCUUAAAUGCUUUGUUCGUUGUCAACUGACGGGAAAUGAAUGGGGUCUUCGUUUUGUAGAUUAAGCCGGGUCAAACUACAAAACGAAGACCCUCGCUUAGAGGCCGAGACACACGAUGCGACAAAUCGCUGCGACACGUCGCCGCGACAGGUUGCUGCAACAGAUCGCCUCGUGUGACAUGUGAAAUAAGGCCGGCUCGAACUACAAAACGAAGAUCCUCGCUUAAAUGCUUUGUUAGAUGUCAACUGACACGAAAUGGGUUUUUGUACAAUGUCGACAGUUUUUCAUCGGCUUAUCCCCAAUAGACCUCACUUCGUAACGGCAAUUUGAAAACAAUAACUUGAAAACUAGAAUAAGAUAAUGUAAACUUGCCCACCUCCGGGUACGGUAUGGAUGCAAAACCAUCGGCCGCCUUCAUUUUCAAAAGGAAGGCCCUCUUUAAAGUAAAGAAAAUCAAAUGGUGUUUUAUUUGCAAAUCAGAGGAAAACGUACAAACAGAGGGAAUUUCUGCGAUCCCCAGUACAAUUUACAAACUGUUAAUAUCUUCAUAUUCAUAUCUGAAUAACAUUAACAAAGAUCAAUUUGGGAACGAAUUAAAUGAAAUAAUUAGCUGACUCCCUUUCUAUCCCUUUUAAUACAUUUAUAUUGAAAUGCAGACAUGCUUGUUUUUAAAAAAAUAGGGCAUGACCUGGAGUUUUUUGCGAAUAUAUGGUUUUUAAAACGUAACUUUGAACUGGAACAAAUUUUAAAAAAAUUGAAAGAUAAACAGAUAACUCGAAAAACUAUGAAAUAUACAUAGAGAUCAGUUUCCUUUCCCGGCUUUCAUUUCAUGGUAUGUAUUGAAAAAAUCUAUUGAUAUUCGACAACAGGAACAAAGCGAAUGCAACAGACAGACAGCACCAGUUAGUAUUCUCAAUCAGUUCGUUAAAACAAGUCAGAUUCAUAACUAAAGAACAAGAUCUGUCUCUAGCGACUCGUUUUAUGUUAAGUUCUCUAGUACCGAUAAAAUGUAUGCCUUUUUCACGAGAAUCGGUGCCCAAAUUUGCAACUCUAUUCCGUAUUCGAUUAAAAUACUUAAACGUUCGCCCUUUCGUAAAAAGAUAAAGGAAUUAUUACUAAAUUUUUUGCGGUCAGAAGAUGAUUAUGUCGAAGUCUCCCGUCUUAUUAAGUUAUUCAAUACUUUAGGUUAGCCUCUCUUCGCAAUCGUUAUGUACAUAACUUGUUUUACGUUAGUUUAAAUUCUAUCUACUGUUAUUUAGUCCAUCGAUAUAUAAAUCUUGUUUUUUAAUAUGUCUUCAGCUCCCCCCGCCUCGAUUAGUUCAUAAGCUAUUUGCGGGUGGGAAAGUAAUGUAAUUAGUUAUUUUCCAAUUUUCAAUAAAAUUUGUUGUUGUUGUUGUUGUUCCUAGCAAUAUGGUGGGCAGGAUAUCUUUUUCCCUUUUUUUCCCAUAAGCUCUCUAUUACAUUUGUGCUGCAUGCAAUUUUUUUCUUCCGACAAGCCUUUGCAGGAAUUUUUUUUUCAAAACCUCAAGAGUUAAAUGGUCGGCCCCUAAACAUGUUGCCCUCAAAAGUUAGAAAAACAAUUACAGCAUACAAAUAUGUAAAAACAAUACUAUCUAAUCUAAUCACUGUUAAUACAAUAUAGAAACUUUAAACACAUGACUUAACUAGCCGACUUUUAACCUCUGUCCAUCGCUAAAAUCAACAUUCUUUAUCAACAAGCCGGGUUUUACGGACAGAUAUAUCGUUGUGUCAAAUUUAAGAGGUCUCCUCUGUCUCCUGUAUAAAACGUGACGACGACAGAUUCCACAUACUCAGUUUUUAGAACUAAACAUCUUUACAUUAUCCUUCAUAUUUCUUGUUAAAUAUUCUCACAUUAACUGUUAAUGUUUAAGCGUAAAAGCAUAUUUGUAAAAGUAUAUUUUUACGUACAUUAAUAUCAUAAGUUAGACCCCUUUGAUUUCGCGUCAGUUGACAGCGAACAAAGCAUUUAAGCGAGGGUCUUCGUUUUGUAGUUUGACCCUGCUUAAUCUACAAAACGAAGACCCCAUUCAUUUCGCGUCAGUUGACAACGAACAAAGCAUUUACGCGAGGGUCUUCGUUUUGUAGUUUGACCCGGCUUAAUCUACAAAACGAAGACCUCAUUCAUUUCGCGUCAGUUGACAACGAACAAAGCAUUUACGCGAGGGUCUUCGUUUUGUAGUUUGACCCGGCUUAAUCUACAAAACGAAGACCUCAUUCAUUUCGCGUCAGUUGACAACGAACAAAGCAUUUAAGCGAGGGUCUUCGUUUUGUAGUUUGACCCGGUUUAAUCUACAAAACGAAGACCUCAUUCAUUUCGCGUCAGUUGACAACGAACAAAGCAUUUAAGCGAGGGUCUUCGUUUUGUACGUAGUUUGACCCGGUUUAAUCUACAAAACGAAGACCUCAUUCAUUUCGCGUCAGUUGACAACGAACAAAGCAUUUAAGCGAGGGUCUUCGUUUUGUAGUUUGACCCGGUUUAAUCUACAAAACGAAGACCCCAUUCAUUUCGCUUCAGUUGACAACGAACAAAGUAUUUACGCGAGGGUCUUCGUUUUGUAGUUUGACCCGGCUUAAUCUACAAAACGAAGACCCCAUUCAUUUCAGGUCAGUUGGUGUCUGAGGAAAAGCGUUGACCCGGCUUGACUGGCUCUGGUUUGAUAGGCCUGUAAAAAAAACUAGUCUUCGUUUUUGGGUCUUAGGUCUUAGGUCUUAGGUCUUAGGUCUUUGUUUUGUAGACACCCGUGCAAAUUUAGGUAUACAUGUAGGGGGAUUGGCUCAUUUAAGCGUUUAAGUUAUAAUUACGUGUGGUGAUAUUUACGACGAGUGUAACUACGCUCGACCGCGAUAAGCGCUGUGCGGCGCUUUGCGGGUUAUGACAAGACAACGAUCGGAGGUAUGUACGUGGCCAUAAAAAUAAAAAAUCCUCCUUUACUUUGGUAUAAACAAAGUGACAUCUACAAAAUAUUUCAUGGAAAGUACAUGGUAUUUAACCAUUAGUAGAUGAGGCAAAAAUCGUACAAACGAGUAAGAUUUCCGAUACAAAAGCGGUGAGUGUGAAAAUAAACACCAAGUUGAUGUGCGAAAUUCAGAGAUUCUGUAUCUUCCCUCAAAAUGAUUGAAAAACGCAUUAGAAUUCAUCGGUUCUCAGGAUCAUGACAAAACAUUUCGCUUGUGUUUUUUUGGCGACAAGAAAUCAAUAUACUAAUGUGCGGAAGAUGUUUUUGUUUUUAAAUUUAAUACAUAUCAAAUUCGACAAUACAUAAGCUUACCUUCGAGAUCACCGCCGAGCGGAGCGUAAUUACACUCGCUGUAAAUAUGAGCACAUGUAAGUACAACUGGAAAGGCUUAAAUGAGUCCGCAUUCCCCGCUCAUUUAUACCUAAGUUAGUACUAUAUAUUUCGAGACCAUUCAGUAAAUUCAUGGUCGACCUUUCGCAAGAAUCAGUGUUUAUCGAUAGAUUUCAUCGCAUUGAUCCCACAAAAACUUACAAUUUCUUCGCGCCAACAUUAGUCACCUCCGCUUCUCAUAAAAUCACGGCAUAUUCAUUGAAACUUUAUUCUGCGUGUCAAAAGCUCGGGAAUAGCCCCGGGAUUGGCAAAUGCCCGGCCCCCGGGCAGUGCAAAAUUUGCAAAUGCCCCACCCCCGGGACUGACAAGGCGGGCAAAUGCCCCGCAGUAGCCCGGGCGAGGAAAGGGGGGGGCCGCUGGGCGCAGGUGGAAUUGACUGAUGCAUAGGUGAGAAUAGAAAACACGGUUACAUUAUUUAACAUAAUAAAAAUAUAAAAAUAAAAUGUGAUUUAUUGUUGAUGUAUCUUUUUGAGUUGUAACGGGCAAAUAUCGGCUUGAGUUUGUACUCAGCGGUGGAAAACAUGUGCAGGCCUCGCGCCUCGCAGACGAAGAGAUCACUUGUCAAUCGCGUUUGAGAUUAGGCCUUUAAUGUCGAUAGGUAUAGGAAAGGGGUACCUUUUUUGUAAAAAAUGGUAGAUUAAAGGGUAAGGAGUUGGACAUCGGGUCGGAGCCUCCCCGUAUGAGAUGAAUGACAACAUGGAACAUGACGGGAUAUUCUGGUUAUCGCGAAAAUUACUCCAGAGGUGAACCACACCUGUCGAGUUCCCUUCCUUCACAGCAUGAGAUUGGCUUUGCGCGUCACAAUUAGUAGACACGCUGAAUUCUGGAAACCUGAUCGUACUACGUGAAAAUUAACUUUGCAAGACAUCAACACGACACCGAAAGAACCAAAAACAGAGCGGGGUCGUAGCCGUAGACAGCUGUUUCGCCUUUUGAGGGGCUCGUCGGUACGGCGCAACGAACAGAGAGGCUCUGCCGUAAAAUUCCAGCACACUCUGUUUUUUUAAAAGCCCUGACAUGAACUCAAACGCCAUAUCACGUGCCCCGAGAGGGCAAGAGUCCAAGUGUAACGUUGAUGUCUCACAAAGAAAAUAUAGGAUGGACAAAACCAACCUACAAUUAGUCACAAUUAGUCAAUGCUGAUUGGUUUCUUUAAACAAAAGCAAACAGCCGAAGAACGGAAGUGGCUCUUCGUAGUUCAGCAGACGUUUGUUAGGGAGGUCAGGGAGGAACGCGUGACGAACCCUUAAAAACGUCUUAGAGGGAGUCCAGAACCUCACCCUGCCCUCACCUAAAAAAUUCAGUGAAACGUCACAUGACGAAGUAUUCAUUACAGUCUAUCGUGUUGGUGAUUGUUUUGCUUCAAUAACAUUCGAUGCUCGAUUUUAACCAAUUCUUACAGGAGA